ACAAGGUAAUGCCAGGAUUAUUGGAAUUGUACGAGGAGACUCAUACUAGAAGCGACAAAACACCUGUAACUCAAUCGGCACAGGACACCAUGAAUGAAAUUAAGCAGCUAGUUGAGCAACGAAACAAUUUGGAAACAAAAAUGACUGAUGAAGAAAUCUAUGCAACAAUUAAGCCAAAACGCAAGCCAAGUGCACGUGAUCGACAAAAAGGGAUAAGUCCCUCAGUGACAUCAUUAUUUGGGUCAUUUAGUGAAGGAGAAAAGUUUCGCAAAGAGGCUGAAGCAUCCAAAAAUGAAGCUAGUGAGGCAAAGAAGGAAGCAAACGAGGUAAAGGAGAAGAACGAAGCUCUAAGUAAUACAGUGAGAGGCCUCGAAAAGAAAUCUAGACUUAUGGAACGCGCCCUAGAAGCCUUCAUGAAUUUGGCUGGAUACAACAUGUCCGAGCUCAAUAUGGAUGCGUGGACCGAUGAAGAGGAUGAGGAAGAGCUAAUUCAAAAGUCUGAGAAAAAACACAAUGAUGUUGAAGAUUAAAGAUAUUUGUUAGAUAUCAGUAUUAGAGCUGCUAUGAUGUUGUUGUUCUGCUUCUGCUGGUCUGCUGUUGUUGUUCUCCUGCAGCUGCUAUGCUGUUAUUGUUCUGCUUCUGCUGGUCUGCUGUUCUUGUUCUGCUGUUCAAGUUGAAGUUAAUAUACUGGUUUUUAUAUAUUCUAUGUUCAAGUUCAUAUACUGGUUUUUUUUCCACUAAUAAUGGUUAUUGUGUUCUAAGGAUUAUGGUUUUGUUAGUGGUUAUUAUGGGUUUGUGUUCUAAGGAGUAUGGUUUUGUUAGUGGUUCAUAUACUGGUUUUUUUCCAAUAACAAUGGUUCAA